AUCCCACACGAACUGGAGAGCACCACUGUGACCCUGCAGGACAAAUGUGAGAAACUGAAAAAAGAAGUGGCCCACAGACAGAUGGAAAUCAGCGCCCUGAAGGAAGACAUGGAAACGUACCAAAUGCAGACACUCGAGGAAGCGAAAGAGCUGGACGAAAUGAAGAAAAUCCGACAAAUCAAAGAGGCCGAGAAAGCUCAGCUCCUCGCCGCACCUGAGCAGAUUUUAAAGGAGAUUGCAGAGAAGCGCUCCAAGAUGGAAGCCGCCGCGAAGACGCUGGAAGCAACGGACGCCCAGUUUGCAGGCAUCAGGCGGCAAGCGAAGGAGGCGGAGGAGCAAAACGACCACCUCAGGGCACAAAAGGAGGAGCUGGCCAAGGAGCUGGAGGCUCUCCGGGCCCGAGCGGAGGCCGGACGGAGGAAGUGCGGAGAGAUGCAGAAAGAACACGACGUCGUCAGGGAGGAGGAAGCUGAGCUUCUGGGGCGCAGGUACACUUGACGUGCUUUGGAUGUCAA